AUGGCUUCGAAAUUGGCGAAUGCGACUGCCUCGCAGACGACGGCAUUGAAGGGAGUGGCAAGGAAUAGCAGUUAUGUAAUACCCGGACUCUAUGAUCUCUCCAUCGAGGACACCAACUGGGUGUUGACCUCAUCCUUCAUCAUUUUCACAAUGCAAACGGGCUUCGGUAUGCUGGAAUCGGGCUGUGUUUCGAUCAAGAAUGAGGUCAAUAUCAUGAUGAAGAACGUCAUUGACAUUGUGUUGGGUGGCUUCACAUACUGGCUAUUUGGCUAUGGGAUGAGUUAUGGGCGCGGACCAUUAUCUAAUCCUUUCAUAGCCAUCGGAGACUUUCUGUUGGAUCCCCCAGUUGGGGAUGCACUAAUGGGUCAAAUCUUCGCCGCAUUUCUUUUUCAGCUCUCGUUUGCGACUACAGCGACGACCAUCGUCAGUGGUGCUAUGGCCGAGCGAUGCAACUUCAAGGCCUACUGCAUGUUCUCAUUUCUCAACACCGUCGUCUAUUGCAUACCCGCUGGCUGGGUGUGGGGCGAGCAUGGAUUCCUAAAUAAUCUGGGCGCUGUGGAUAUUGCAGGGAGUGGUCCAGUUCAUUUGAUAGGUGGUGCCUCGGCCUUUGCAUCGGCCGCCAUGCUAGGUCCGCGCCUGGGUCGUUAUGCUGAUGGGUAUGAUCCCCUACCGUUGGGCAAUCCAGUGAACGCCUGCAUGGGACUAUUUGUGCUCUGGUGGGGCUGGUUGGCCUUUAAUUCGGGCAGCACCUAUGGUGUCAGCGGCGCCAAAUGGCAGUAUGCGGCACGAGCCGCCGUCAUGACGAUGAUGGGCUCCUUUGGCGGUGGCUGCGUCAGCUCCCUCUUUAGCUUUUGGCGUCAUGACGGCCGCAUGGACAUAAUGGAUCUGAUCAAUGGCAUCCUGGGUUCGCUCGUCUCGAUUACCGCUGGCUGUUUCCUGUAUCGUGCUUGGGAAGCUCUGCUGAUUGGGGCACUGGGAUCGCUGCUCUGCGUGCUCGCUAUGCCCCUUUUCGAUCGGAUGGGGGUGGACGAUCCGGUGGGUGCCAGUGCGGUGCAUGGCGUCUGUGGAAUUUGGGGUGUCAUUGCUGUCGGCCUGUUCGCCGAUAAUCCCAUACCACUGGAGACAACAAAAGGACGCAGUGGAUUGUUUAAGGGCGGUGGCUGGUACUUGUUGGGUAUACAGGUGCUCUCAGCCUUCUGUCUGGCCUGUUGGGGCAUCUGCUCCACCUUCCUGCUCUUGUAUGUGGUGAACAAAAUCAUACCCAUACGCAUGGAUCCCAAUGAGGAGCUCUUGGGGGCUGACCUCAUGGAGCAUCGCAUUCGACACACACAAAUUGGCUUGUCCCGUGCCAUCUCAGCACUGGCACCCAUUAAGAUCGAUCUCCACGAGAUCUCAGGCGUGCAGCCCAUUGGCAUUAAUCCAGGCCACGAGCGCAGCAUCGAGCAGUUGCGUGCGGCUGACGACAAACUGCAACAGUGGCAAUCCUUUCUGCAGCAAGUUGGCGGUACUCCAGCCAACUCAAAGGCGCCACAGCAGCAGGGCGCAUCCGAAGACCUGGAAACGGACAUCAAAUUGAAUAUAAAGUCGCCGAUUAAGCAGCUCAGCAACUUGUUUGGACGCAAGCUCAAAUCUGUGCACAUCCGAGAGCGUCAGCCAUCAGCACAUCCUGCCAAUCAGGAAGUAUACAAGUCCUACAACAGUGAGGUACCUGCGCCGCCCAGCGCCCAGAAAGUGGACAAGGAUGGUAACUUCGCUUGGGUGGAUUAA